AUGAGAUGGCUACAUAUCGCCAGCGUGUUGCUUGCCCCAUACCAAGCGCGAGCAGCUGCAGUAUUUUCCCACUUUAUGGUCAUUGCUAACGCAAACCUGGCUAAGAUCAAUGCACUCGCUGCCCAAGUUGAGGCAACAGUGGUCUUUAAUGAAGCUCCAUUCAACACCUGAAACCAGGACUAGAAAAGGUCUCUGAGUAUCUUCCGGUUAUCGUACGAAGGUGUGUAUCUUGAAGGCAAUUGUAACGCAAAAG